CUAAAUUAGUUAUCUUAACUUUUCCCGUGAAAAUCUCAUCACCGCUAACACAAUUGUUGCACAAUUUAUAAAGGUUUUUCUUCGGUUCUUUUGGCCUGCAACGUUCCCAAAGAGAUCUUUGACGCUUCCAAUCAAGAAUGGAUGAAUUUGCAACCCAAUGGUGCAGCCACUGCGAGGUAUACCAGAAAUCUUUGCCCGAUAUUUAUUGCAACUGCUGCUCUAGUUGCGGGAUGCUUUUGCCUGCGUUUAAUAAAAGCGACCUUAUGACUGGAAAAACAAAAAAAUCUAAGUUAUUCGAUUAUGAGCAAGAUAAUACAAAGAAGCAGCGCACAUCUGAAAAUGAAGAAUGUGAGACUGACGAGGAAUCUGAAGAUUCGGUAGCAAGUAAAGUCAAGGAACUAAUAAAUGUUGAUGAUGACAAUUAUAAGGAAAGUAAUGAGGAUGAUUCCAGCAAUGAAAAUGACUAUUCUGGAUUUGAGGAAGAUGAUGAUGAUGAGUCGCUGGAUAAGAAACAUUAUGAUAAAUGAGAUCCUUAAAAUCUUUAUUUUCUGGCCCCAUAUCAUCUGGCGAAUCACUUUUUAAUAGCUACUCUUUGUAGUUCUGUUAUUCUUUUUUGUUAUCACUUUUAGCUCAACUUUAGACGUGAGGUACAAUUUCUAUUUUUUAUGCCAU